AUGCGCCUUCCCAAAUUACUUUUCACUCAGGACGGUAUUCCCGAUAUUCUGGACAAAGAUGAUGACAACGACGGUAUUCCGGACCACCUCGACUAUGAUGGUCAUCGGUCAAUUGCCAUCGAUACUGACGGUGAUGGAUUUCCGGACGCCAUUGAUGAUGAUAUGAAUGAUGAUGGUAUCCCCGAUCACCUCCAGGAUCAUGACUGCGAUGGCAUCCCCGAUAUAAUCGAUCCGGAUGAUGACAAUGAUGGUUACUUUGACAACAAACAGGACAGCGACAAUGACGGCAUUCUGAAUGAAUGGGAUGAGGACGAUGACAACGACGGUAUUCCAGACUCCGAGGAUGAGGACUCCAAUGGAGAUGGUAUUAUUGACUGCCAGCCGAGGGAUAGCGAUGGAGAUGGCAUUCCGGAUCAUCUAGACGAUGAUGAUGACAAUGACGGCAUUCCUGAUCAUCUCGACUCUGACCAUAUGUCCUUCCUCCUCUACAAACCAAAAGCACUUCAUGCCAUGUCAGCUCAGCAGGCGCAACAUGAGGCGAACACUGUGGACGUAGAUCUUGGUGAUCCGAACGACAAGGACUGUGAUGGCAUCCCUGAUGACGAAGAUGACGACAUGGACAAUGAUGGCAAAAUUGACCGGACGCAAGAUUCGGACUGGGAUGGUCUACUGAAUCACAUUGAUGACGACGACGACAACGAUGGUUCGGAGUUCUUACUUUUUGUUUGUUUGACUACUUUACUACUGACAUGA